AUGUCUAAGGUACCUUCCCCCUCUGGUACCGAAGAGAUAGUAAAAAUUGAAAUACGGGGACUGACCUCAGGGGAUUCCUCUGAUCAACUCAGCAGCAAAUCCGUGGCCAUCCGUAGAAAACAGAACGGAACUUUUAUCCAAACAGACAAGUCUAUAUAUAAACCUGGACAAAAAGGUAAUCUAAUUAUAUAUGGCUGAGUGAAUGCAAACAUAAACUAAAGAUUAAGCAGUACAAUUAAAUUAUAAGCAUGUGCAAAGGGUAUGACAAGUGUGCCAAAAACACACACUAAUACAAGGCUCAGUUACCACUUCUUACUGUUCCCCAUUUAGGUUCCUAACUUCAAUUAUGUGCCAAUCUGAAAAGCUUAUUAUUUGGCUAAUGAUAAAGAAUAGUGUUUAUCUUUGCAAAUUAUGUUAACAGCAAUUUUUUUUAUUUUUGUAGUUUUGUAUUGGAAAUGUAGGUAUUCAUUUAAAAUAUAGUUUAGUUAUGUUUUAGUUUUUUGAUAACUUGGUGUUUUUGUUUUUGUUUUUGCAUGGAUGUGUUUUCAAUAAACAUUUUCCUUUUAUUAAAAAAAAAAAUCCUCAGAUGUGUACCGAUUCUGAGCAGAUCUAUGUUUAAAAUAACCGUUCAUAUCAUCUCACAUUUAACCUUUAUACCUUAUUAAUACUGUGUUCUAGAAAAGCUACUUAAAAGCAUUGCCUCUAGGUCUUUGUGUCUUUUGGUGUCUUACAGAUGUCCCCUGCUGGAAGAAAUCCAAAAGGGAUUGCACAAAACAACUAAUAAAUAAAAAUAAACAAUAGCAACUCAGUUAUUGUGCCCCAAAUGUAUUAUGCUCUUUCAUUAAUAUAUAUUUUUCCCAUAAAUGUUUUAGAACAAUGUAUUAAAUAGAACAAUUCGACAAACCCACAACUCCUUCCAAGUUGGACAUGGAUAGUCUGUGUUAUGGAAUAAAUGAUUCAUUAACCUUGUGUCUUUCUCUUCUCCAUAGUAAAUUUCCGGAUCGUUACCCUCAGUCAGGAUUUGGAGACAAGCAAUGAGAAGGUGAGCAACUUAAGUCACUUCCUCUUGAUGAUCAAGGUGGAAUAGGGGGAGGUUAAAAAUGUACCCACCAACAAAAUCGUACUAGGUUUCUCAUGAUAAUCAACAUAAAUAUAUAUAUUUUUAAAGUCCUUGUGUUUUUAUUGCCGUGCUUAAAUCCAUUCACUAUUUCAACCUGAUUGACUUUUAGCUUUUUGAACUGCUAAUAUUGCAUGUUUAAUAAGUAAUUUAUCAAUUAAAUAAAUAUUAAUAAAGAGAAUAAUGAAAUAAAAAUAUUUAACCAAGAAAGGUGCAUUUACAUUUUGUGAGAUUUUGCCAGUCUAGAUGUUAUCAAACUUCCUCCCCUCUGCAUAGAACACAUAUGUGAUUGAAACCCACAUUACUUGCAAAGAACAAUGCAUAAGUAAAAUUAUUUUAUAUUAUUUACUACUGUUUAUUGUUUACCGUCCACUGUUUAUGGUUAUCUGCAGGCUUACAAUAUCAAAAUUGGAGGCCUAAAUUUUAUACAUACAACUCAAUGCACAAUCUAAUGUGUAGGCUUUAUUUCAAAACAAUAUAAUUAAGACAAUUAAAUUAGGGUUCUUUUUGUCAUUGAAUCAAAGUAAAGUAACAGUUUGUUUUUAUGAUCAGUAUGUUUCCUACUUGUCUGACAAUUUCACUCUGUCUGUGUCUCUUUUUGUCAGUAUCCAUUGAUCGAGUUACAGGUGAGUGCUGUCUAAUCAAUCUAACCUUAAUGCUACAUAAGUAAAUUGAUGCCAACACGAAAUUAUCUUCUCUUAAAAAUAGAAUCCUGUAAAUAUAAUGUAAAUCUCUAUAAAAAUGAAUUUCCCCUAAAAUGGUUUGCCAAAGUCUUGUGUUUAGCCAAUUUAACACCUUGUACACUGAUGAUUUGAUACUUUUAUUGUUGUUAUUCAACAAUGUUGUGUCUCUACGCAUUUAGUUUUAUGAGUUUCAUUACUGAUAACACAGUAUAUCUGAAACAGAAGGUGGGAAAUAAAAGAAAUUGUGAAAGUGUAAAUAGAUCAGAAAAAAGGAGAAAGUUUAAGGUGUGCAUGCCUAGAAGAGACUAUCUGAUAACUUUUAUUUUUAUAUAUUUUUAAUUAUUUUAUGAAGAAAUGGAAAGAGGUUGGGAUGUCUGAGGGAGAGCAAGGAAUAACCAGACAUUUUAUAUUAGAUGUUACUUUAUCUGGGCAAGAUCGCUGUGUAACAUUAUCUGACCUUACAAAGAUGGCCAAAUUCCUGACUGUAUGAUAGCCAGACAUUCCUCAUUGACAAGACUUAGGAGAGAAGAAGAGAGAGCAUGCACCUUUAGGGCUGCUGGUAUUUUAUGUAGAUGUCUGGCAUUUCAAAUAUAAUAAAGUUUUUUAAUAUUUCUUUUUAAUUAUUAACAUUUCUAAAAAUAUAUAAUUUAUAAAAAACUAAAAUAUCAAAAUAGUAAGCAAUAUCAAAAUAGUAAUGCUUUUCUAUGGGAGUGCUUAAUGUGUUUGCUGUGCAGUAGCCCUCCCUGAUCUGGGGAUGUUGGAGGAGGCAGAGCACUGACCCAGCGCCGAAGGAUAUUGGUGCUGGAGUCGGUAUGAGUACAGAAACUAUAUUUUAACCUUUUUAAUGAUGGGGAGGAGGCUGAAAAGACAAAGAGAUUGACAGCUUUUGGUACACUAUCCACAUCAGUACAUCCAGUGCAGUGAAGAGUAUUCUUAAUAAACAAUGAAUUAUGACAGAUCUUAAAUAAACUUAUAGUAUACAUGGAAAACUUGACAUCAAACCCAUGCAGUGUACACACAGAGUACCACUGUUUGUAAUGUUGAAUGUUUAUUCAUGUUGUUUGCGAAAGGACCCACAGAGGAAUCGCCUGGCUCAAUGGAAAGAUGUCGUCCCCAACAGUGGCAUUGUGGACCUCUCAUUUCAGCUGUCUCCUGAGCCUGCCCUGGGAACUUAUAACAUCAAAACUGAUUUAAUAAACCACGUCUUCACUGUAGAGGAGUAUGGCAAGUGGAAAAAAAUAAAUAGAAUUAUUCAGAUUAUAAAUCCACAGAUGGAAAGAAAGGAGUGCUUUCAUUAAAUUAUUAUGUUUUUGCUAUUACAAUAAAAGCAGCACUAUAAAAAAGAGAAAGUGAGAGAUUCACAAAAUCUAUAUUGCUCUAUCAUGUGGAUGCAUAUAUUUGUAUAUAAUUUGAUGUAAAAUGUGAUUUAAAAUCUGAUGUGUUGCAAAACAUUUAACUUCUGUAGAUAAUUUGAACUACUUGAUUGUUGCUGCAUCUCCUAGUCUUCCUCUUUCUCCAUUCUAUUGCAUGAUGACCAGUUCUUUACAGCCCAUACCAUAUUCUCCAACACUUUCUUUUGUACCCUCCUACACACUCAUCCAUUCUCUGUAAUUCACUACGAUUCACCCAUCAUCUAACUUGUUUUUUUCUUCAGAGUUCUUUCUUUACAUGAUCUCAACUUUCAGUAUAACAUGUAACAACUAACCCUGCAGUUGCAUCUUGUCUUCUUCUAUCUUCAGUGCUUCCUAAAUUUGAAGUGAGUCUUCAAGCUCCACCAUCCAUCACAGUUCUUGACUCAAAUAUGACAGUGACAACAUGUGCCAGGUGAGACAUCUGUGCCAGGUAUUAGUGCACCCAGGAUACUCUGGGAAGUACUAGAAGCAAAUUUGUGGUAACACAGAAAGAACAGGUAUGGUUAACAGAGUGAGCUGAUUGGAACAGGUUUAAAUGUUUCUCAGAUGGUAUAAUUAGGGAAUUGUUAAGGAACAGUCCAAGUGUAAUUUCCCAAUGUGUAUAUCAGGUAUACAUUUGGACAACCAGUUCCAGGCACUGUGACUUUCAAAAUAUGCCAAAAGUGUUGGGGGUCCUAUUGGAGGAGGUGGGGACCUUCCAGUCAAGAUGGAGAAAAUAAAGAGGGAGAAAAUGAUGUUUGUCAUCUUCAUACAGCCAAGGUGAGAGAUGGGAACAGAGUUGUAAGUUGGGAUUGUUGUUUAAGAGAAGUAACAAAAUAAUUGAAAGUGAGUAAAAAUGAACUUAAUACAAGAGAGGAUGUGACAGUCUGACUAACAGAGCAGAAUAGACAAAAAAAAGUGAAAAGUGCUAUUGUACAAUGUAGUUCAAGAUGGUUGUUCAAACAUCGAGCAUAGUUUGAAGGGAAUAUAAUCUUAAAUUAGAAGAAGAGAAAGUAAUGGCUGACUUCCAGUUUAUAUUUCAGUAAGAAAAGAAGCAUUCCAGUAGACAUGGUAGGCGUUAAUAUGAUCUAAGAGAAGACUGGAAUAGACACAUUUCAAUCCUGAGCAAGAAUCCAAAUCUACAGUAAAACUUGAGUUUGUAUCAGGAAUGGACAGUUUUAACACUAUUUAAUAUAUAAUAUAAAAUAGUUAUGAUCUAGUGUCUUCCUCUGCACACAUAGUUAUAGCAUUACACAGAUUUUUAGGAGACACGUUAUAUCACAUGCACGGUAUGUCUUUAAUUCUUCAUCUAAUCAAGACUAGGAGAUUUAGGACAGACUUUUAGAGACUGAAGUAGCAACUUUUUUACCCCACACAAUGUUUUGAAGGAUGAGCUUUCUCCUCUCUUUAGAAUGACCAUUCUGGAUGCCUGAAAUCCACUGUGGACCUCUCCAAAUUCCAGAUACGGAAUUCAAAUUAUGACAGAAAGCUGGUGGUGGAGGCUUUUCUGGAGGAAGAAGGAACAG